UUCGCUAUGCCAUCGCAAUACGACUCAAAUUUGCAAAAUAAGGGAUGGAUUCCUUUAUCUGCCGAAGAUGUUAUGAAGAGAAUUGGAAACGCAGGAUACUUGUUCGAUUACAACACACCCGAUUCGUUCCAAGACAUGAAGUAUUUGAGGGACAAUGCUAUUAAAGUGGUCACUCCAAGUUAUCAUGAAUUCCUUCAAGAAACCAGGUUGAAGGACUCUUCCAGGAAGAUAAAUAAAUGCAACUCAGGUGCUUGUAUCCCACAAUCGGUGGAAAUUAUGGAAAAUGAAUCAGAUAUUGACAAAUUCUCAAAAAAAAUUUCUGAUCAAAAUACCAUUCGUAAACCCAAAGCAAUUAAAUCUGAUACAAUAAUAGCUAAAAGUGUAAUCCAUUCACAAGACAGAAAUCUGGAAAGUGAACUUAAUGGUUAUCUUAAAAAAGACAUUAAGGAUUUAGUGGACAAGCAAGAAACCAAAAAUACAUACGAAGUCAUUGAAGAUAUUGAUCAAUUUAACACAAAUAUAGAAAAAAGUAACGAUAAAACGAAAGAGACCAAUCGAUAUGAAAAUUUUGAUACAGACAAAAAUAAUCCUCAAAAGAAUUUCACAAGCUCUUUCCUUGAUAUUCUUAAUAGAAACAAUAUUAAGCCCGUAGAUCAAUCCACAAAUUAUAUUGAAUCUCGCUAUAACAGAUUAAUAAUUCCGAAACAGAAUUAUAUGUUUCUACAAAUCCCAUUGACAGUACCUCAGAGAUAUAACAGUCCUAAUCACUUACCUAUUGAUCCUUUGGUCGCCGUUUUCUUAUCCAAUUACGGAUAUUACCUGCCGAAUUAUUACGGACAAAGAAACAAUUAUAGAAAUCUGUACGGCUAUUUGGCGUCUAAUAAUAAUCACAACAAUUUACCUUUCGGAAUGUACAAGAUAUUUUCCGAUACGGAUUCUUCUUAUUAAAAGUUGUUUUCAAAAAAAAAUUGUUUU